GUUUAUCAAAUUACCACAAGAGGGCAGCACACAUCCCCAUUAAAGGAAAGCAAAGAAGAAGAAGAAGAAAAAAAAACAUCUUCGCUCCAAGCAAAGACAACCGAAGAAGAAGUAACCUCCAAUGCCUCCAGUUAGAAUGGUUCAAUCGUCUUUUAAAAUGUUAAAGUUAGAGCAGCUAAAAGUGUUUGUUAAUGAACGUCUGACGGCGGCGGCAGCGGAGAUCUUCGGAGCUGUGGAGAGAACCAUUUUGGAGCUUCACAAUGACGCGUUUGUGUCCGGAGAGGAAGGUAAACACAGCGGGCUGCUAACUGUAGCCGAGCCGCUGGAACCGGAGGAAACAGCACUGAUAACGGCAGCCUCCCCAGGACUCGGUUCAUCUGGAAUAAACUCCUCCAACCAGUCGUUCCACACGCAGGUGAAGCAGCAAAAUGAGGAAGACUGGCAGAAUGAAGACAAAGAAAUGCUGCAGGACCUUUUAAGAAAUGAAGCUACUCCUGGUUUAAACUCCACACAGAGCUCAGAGCCUUCAGCCUCUUGCUUUCAGUUUUUCCUUCCUCACUCCUCUGCAGAGGGAAGGAAAACGGAGGAAGCAGGUAGUUAUGACCAGACAGAUUUUUUCCAGCCAGUUUCCUCCAAUAGUGGAGAAGAAAACUACGUCAGUGAUGCUGAACACAGGGGUUCAAACCCACUUUGGAUGGCAGUAAAGUCAAAAGUCAGGGCGAAGCAAAGCCUAAAUGCUAAGAAAAAAACUAAUCCUUUUUGUUGUCGGAUGUGUGGAGAAUCUUUCCAUUGCAGGAAUUCCUUCGUGCUACAUGUUAAUUCCCACACAGAAAACAUGCCCGUCAUCUUACCUUCCAGGGAGGACAACCUGUGUCACAUCUGCGGAAAAACAUUUACCACAUCCACCCAUUUAAAAAGGCACAUGUUGAUUCACACGGGACAGAGGCCGUACCUCUGCAAGGAAUGCGGCAAGACGUUUGCACGAGGCGAGUGUCUGAGGAUCCACAUGAGGAUCCACACGGUGGAGAGGCCGUACACAUGUCAGGUGUGUGGGAAGGGGUUCAGACAGAGGAGCAACCUGAUCACUCACACCAGGAUGCACACAGGGGAGAAGCCGUACCGCUGCGACAUCUGCUCCAGACCAUUCGCAUAUAAGAAAGACAUGCUGAGACACAUGCAGAUCCACACCAAGACAUGAAAUCUCAGACUGCAGGAAAACCCACUCAUGACAUAAGUGGUCCAUCUUAUUGUGUUUCAGUAGUUAGUGUUACAGCCACCAACUGGGACGCAGCAUCACGUUAAAAAGCUGCAAAGUUCUGGCUAGAAAAUUUUCUUCCAGCACAGUUUUAUUUAAACAUAGAUAAUACGCCCCAAAGCGAGUUUUUUUUUUUUUUUUUUUUUUUUUUUUGUCCAGCUCCUGGUGUCAUGUUAAAGCCCCACCAGCUUGUCCGGAUAUGAUCAACACUUAGUUAAAAAAAGCCACGUUAACCUUUCUGCAGCCUGAACAGAAAUAUGCUUUCAACCAGAUCUUCUGAUUACUAAGAAAAUAAAGUUGGUGAAGUGACAUGCUGGCAGAAAGGAAUAUUUACUACGUUGUAAAGCUGAAAUAGGAUUAACUAUAUUUCUAAGUGUUGAUCUGAGGAUAUAAUCGAAUGUGUUAUAAUGUGGUGCAUUUUCAUGGAUUUGAAUGAAUUCAAACAAAUGUGAGAAAAGUUUCAUGCUGUUGCUGAAAGCCUGUUGACUCACGUUUGAGCCCAGUCUCGUACCAUUUAAUCUUUCAUGGAUUUUCUUUAAGGAAAGGUGAUUGUUUUCAGUGAUGCAGAUGAGAUGGUUUUUUGUUG